AUGAAUCUUCCGUUUAGUUUGGUUGCUGUGUCCUUGUUUACAUCUGGCUAUGUGGCCAUCUUUUCAGUAGCACUGACCGCAAACAUUUUCAUUAUUUUCCUUGUUCUUAAAAAACCUGUGAUGAGAACAACCAUCACCUACUUCUUCGCUAACAUGGCUGCCGCUAAUCUUCUUGUAGCUGUCUUCGUUAUACUGCAGGCUCUGCGGUAUCUAUUCGCCGCAGACGCUUGGUUUCCAGGAAUGCUCGGUCAAGUUUCUUGCAGACUUUUACAUUAUACGGAAGCCAUCUCCACUACAGCUUCCAUUCUGAGCCUGAUAGCCAUCUCGCUGGACCAGGUGAAUGUUAUCUUGUUCCCCAUAAGGAGAGCUGUGAUGAUAAGAUAUACCAAAUUUAUUUCGCUCGUUAUUUGGCUCCUGUCUAUGGUUUUCACCUCUCCUUAUCUUGCCAUGUUCGGUGUCAAGACGGUAUCUGGUCAGCAGCAUCGAUGCGUUUACUUGGUCCUCAACCAUGUCGUUAUGGAACUUCAUGUUUCAUUAAUCUUUGUUUUCUUAUACGGGUUUCCUCUCGUUUUUAUGGCAACUUUGUACGCUCUUAUGGGACGAAAACUGUGGUUUCGAACCAUUCCAAGAAAUGUUCAUAGUAUCCAUCGACAAGCUGCUGAGAAAACCAAACGCCGCACCAUCCGCUUGCUAAUCGCACUCAUAGCAACAUAUGCAUUAUGCUGGCUUCCUGCUCACGUGCUUGGUAUGUGCACGGUUUUCAAACCAAAUGUGAUAAGAAACCUGGCUCCCCAUUGGUCCUUACUUAUUGCAUUUAUUGCGCAUGCGAACUGCGCUUUCAAUCCUUGCAUUCAAAUUGUUUUAGACAGGAGAUUCAGAGCAGAGUUCUUCAAAUUACGGAAUUGUGGGAGAAAUAUAAAGCAGUGGUGCAUUUGUAAGAAAGGAAAAGUUGAGAAUAACAGGGAAGCUAAAACGGACGUGCCAAGAUUCAAAACUUUGGAGAGUGUUAUAGAGAGAAUAGCAAAAGGUCGAGGAAGACUGUACGAUUUGAGCCCUACAAAAAACGAUACACAGCUCCGUCCAUUCUCUCCCGUACAGUUAUCUUACUACAGCGAGGUAGUGGAAACAGAAAACUAA